UAAAAAUAAUACAGAACUCUGAUUAAAUAAAAUUAAUUAAAACAUAACUGAAAACUUGGUCUUACUUCUGCAAUAAUUUAAAAAUCUUUUAGUAAAUUAACGUGGUUACUAAAAUAAAUAUAAAAAAUAAUGAAAAGUGAAGUUAAAUAUCAGUACAGACAUAAAUUAUUUGUUCGAGAUUUUCUAUUAUUUAAGUUUAGCGUAUAGUUAAUCAAGUACCAGCGAGUAAUACAACGGAAUUAACUUCUCAACAUCUCCAGCAAGUGGUUUAUUCUGUAUGUAUAGCUAACUCUAGUGGCUUAUAGCAUCCGGUUUUAUACGCGGAAAAUCCUCCCAAUCGCGCUCUCGAACACAAACAAAAGCCGCAUUUUUUUUCAUCAUUUUCCAAGCUGAUUGAAAAUUUAAACCGUCAGAUAAUAAGUUGAAGUAUUCUUCAAGUUAUUAUUUAUAGGUACUUACAGACUUCAAAGAAUAAUUCGCACUCGAAUUCAAUGGAUAGUUUGAUCAAGUAUCCGUAGUUUUAAAUAAAAUGAAAUAUUAAAAUUCCCUUAUUAAUGAAUGUAAUAAGAAAAUAAUUAAAAGUUAGUAGAGAAGUUAUUCGGGCUAUUUAAAGAAGCUAUUCAUUUUAACUUUAUUGGUUCACUGGAGUGGAUACUAGACUCGUAUAUUCAUAUGAUAAAUCGAUAGCGAUAAUUAUUAUAGAAAUUUUAAUUAAAAUUCGAUAAUUAAAUAACGGUAAUAAAAUUGUGAAAGCAAUUACUAACUGUCAGUGACAUUGACCACGUGUUGGGUGUGUUCACUUUAACGGUCACCGCUAGAACCCAAAGUGAUUUCCUCCCACGAGGCUAAAUGAGAGAUUAGUCUCCCUCAAUUAAACUUAUCAAAGUAUUAGACCAAGUUUACUAGUAUGCUACUAAAAUCUAUUGAACGCAGUACGUUGGCUAAUUUAGAGAUUUAAUAACUCAAGAAUAUAAUAGAUUACUUUCACAAAAAUAUUAAGGGCAUUUACGGACAGCCUCCUCCCCCACUUUUUAAAAAUAUUCAAUGACUGAACUGUCAUCAGUAUUCGAAUUUUGUUAAUUAAUUUUCAAAAAGUUGAAGCAUGAAUUGAAAAAAGGACAAUUUUGCAGAGAUGUAGAUUUGAAAAAAAAAUUACUCAUAGUUGUUAUCAAUUAGGAGCCAAACGAAAUUUGGUAAAGAGAUUUUAUCAUAAAUAAUUUGAAAUUCAAAAUUAAAAUGUUGAUAUGAAGAUUCUACUGAAAUUUAUUUUCCAAAUUUGGUUUGACUCCUAAUUGAUUUCAACCGUAAAUAAUUUUUUUAAAAAUCUAUAUCUCAAAUAUAUCAAAAUUUAAUGAGAGUAAAGUUGGCGGAAAUCAGAUAAUUUAAAAAGUUUUUAAAUAAUAAAAAAAAAGUAAAAAAUGGGCAUGUAGAAAAUUCUAAAAUCAGUACAUGCAUUUUUUAUUAUCAUAUCAAUUUAAUUGUUUAACUUUUUUAUACGAAACUCGAAAAUUGUCUUGUCUGCUGCAUUUACACUCAUCAAAAUUUAAAUGCGGUCAUUAAAAUUGAAAGUCAUUGAAUAUUUUAAAAAAGUAGAGUUUUUCAAUAAAAUUGUUCAUGGACUUACUGUUUUCCUGAUAACUGUACGAAUAGUAUCAGCAUCCGGAGUUGUCCAACGUGAAUAAAUAAGUCCACUUAGAAGUAUUAAAAAAGUUCCAAGGAAAACUACCCAUGCAUGUGCGUUUUUCGUCCUUGUCAGUAGUUUCCUUGCCGGACGUGUUGUCAGGAUUUCCCGCGUUGGUACACGAAAUUGUUGGGCUCUCUGGAGAAUAUUUUCCAGCCGCCGCUGAGCUUGGCCAACAUUAUCUGUCGUCUCCAUGGCGCCGGCACUUUGGCGCCAAAGUUUACAUCUACGUUGUAAAAGAAAUCCGUGUGAUGUUAGCUAAGGUCCAGGCGAAGGUGAACAUCAACAAUUUGAUGAUUGUCAUUUUCACAGAUAUAUUUUAUUUUUGCGGAGAUCCUUCUCGUGUAAAGUCCUGGCGAGAACUGAUUGCUCAUGUCCAGAAUUCUUGCGGAUUUAAAUUUUUAAGUUUUCAAAUCUACCACUUUGGCGCCACUUUCCAAUGACGAAAAUUGCCGCUUAAAUAUUUAAAUUUAUGGAAAGAAAAUUUCUUGGAAAAAUUCAAUAUAAUCGAUAUUUCAUUACUUAUUUUCUGAAGCCUAUUUUCAUGAUUUUUAUUUGAUAUGAAACAUUAAAUAAUAAAAUUCCAUCAUGGAGA